CAGCAAUUUUCAAAUUCCUCACAAUUUUGGAACAUCCGUGUUGGAUAUAUAAGACGGCGCCAGAGGCAGAUCUAUAGCUCAGACAAUCUUCAGCACCAACAGCUGUAGCUUCUUUGACAGCAGAAAACAUGACCAAGGGUUCAUUCUCAACCAUGACCGCGGAGGUGAUUCAAAAGUUGGACAAAAGAGGUCUCAUCAGUACCAAUUCUAUGAAUGAGCAAUGGGAGAUGCAGACUCUGGUCAAGAUUAGAAAGAGGAGUUUUUGGGAUUUCUUCAAGUUCUCUGACCGGAAGCCCAAAUAUACCAUAUUAGCUCUAAAACUGAAUGAAAUUGUGGAAGAAAAGAUCCACUUAGGAUCCGAAAAAUCUCUCAUUGUGAAAGAUUUUAAAAAUAGCAUCUCUGACACAUUCAGAGUAGCAGUAACUGAAAAUGGUGGCGGACAAACGGAUGAGGAGUCUUUCUCUUCUCUCACCCUGUGGAGUGAUAGCAUCAGACAGGAGGACCUGUCAGUUCUCAUUAGAGGAAAAGGCUUGAAAUUAGUGGGAGGUAUUGAGAAGAAGUUGAAUCUAAAGGAGGGUGAGAGGCUGGCUUUUGUGACAGACAGAGUUUACAACACCAACAGUGUUGAAUUUAAGAGCAACACCAGCAACCCGUUCUUUGCAUUUUUUGAUUCAAAGAGUGACGUGAGCUUUACCGUGCCGGAAAACACAGUCUUUGCCUUUGGUCUUCAAGAGGUAACCCUGGAUAAUGGCUCCCUCAACAUCAAGCCGGAGAAUAAGAUUGUGUCUGAGACUCUCCAUUCCGCAAACGUUCACAUGGCUGGGGAGGCUCUCAUGCCUGGGGAGGCUCUCAGGCCUGCUUUACCUGUACAUGUGAUUUACAUUCAUCCCAUUGUUGAGAUUAAAGGAAAAGAAAAGAACCUGAAGCCUCUUGCUGAUGUCCAAGAGGCGACUCGCAGGAGCCUGAUGAAAUCACUCACUGAGAUUCUGGAGGACAAGGAAGCUCUGACUCUGCUGGAGGACACACUGGAUGAGUGCGCUGAUGAUGAAUAUCAGCCUCCGCAGUCUAAAGCCGUUGCCUCAUUCAUGGACCUUCUUCAUAAGUCCAAAAUGUCCAGAGAGAUGAAAGAGGCCCUUCACCUGCUGGUCUCUGCUUUUAAUGGUAAAUAUCAAUAUCCUUUUUAAAGAACGGCCAUGAAUCUGAGUCAUUUAAUCAAAUAUGGCAUUUAAGCAUUUAUAGAGAU